AGGGACCCCCCCGGCACCCCGACGGGCUCCAGGCUGAGCCGUCGCUCCGUGCGCAGGAGCCUCAUGGGCAAAACGUCCCUGAGCCGCAGAACGUCCCUGGCAGAGAAGUACUCCCUCGCCAGCAGGAGGGAGAGCGCGCUCAGGAGCUUGGCCAGCAAGAGGAAGGCGGCUCGGGCGUCAUCCGUGACCUGCAGCUCCAUCGAUAUCUCCAGCUUUGGAGAGAUGCCAGAGGAUGAGGAAACAGUUCUCAAACCUGGGCCUUCUCCUGGACUUUGCAGCCCCUCCAAGCCGGAUCCCCAGAGUUCCCGGAUGUCGCUGCGCUCUCGGGCCGCCAGCAGGAGCGAGCAGGCACAGGAGGGCACGAGCUGCAACGAAAGCAACUUAAGUAAGAGUGGGGAGUCCCAGCAAGCGCCCCAGAGUGCCAGGAGAAAGCCAAGCUACAAAAGAGCUGUGGAUGAGCGCUAUGACCAGCAGCAAGCAGAAGAGGGGGGGCUUUCUCCUCUGAGAAGGAAGACCCCCUCCCCAACCUUUCCAGCCAGCAAAGUUGUGCGGCCGUUCAAGACGUUUCUGCACACUGUGCAGAAGAACCAGCUGCUCAUGACACCAUGUUCUGUGGGGAGGAACGGGGUGAUCAAGUCUUUUAUCAAGCACAACACCCCUCUGCGCUCCGAUCCCAAGGAAAAGGAGAGGCAGAAGCUGGAGACUCUGAGGAAGAAGCAACAAGCUGAGCAGCUGAGAAAACAGAAACUGGAGGAGGAAAAGAAACGGCGACUGGAAGAGGCCAAGCUGAAGCGGGAGGAGCGCCUGCGGAAGGUGCUGCAAGCUCGGGAGCGGGCAGAGCAGAUGGAGGAGGAGAGGAAAAGGCGGAUUGAGCAGAAGAUAGCUCUGUUUGAUGAGAAGACAGAGAAGGUGCGGGAGGAAAGGCUGGCAGAGGAGAAGAUCAAAAAGAAAGCAGCUGCCAGGAAGAUGGAGGAGGCAGAGGCCCGGCGCAGGCACGAGGAGGAAGCCAGGAGACAGAGAGCCCUGCAGCAGGAGGAGGAGGAACGUCGGCACAAAGAGCUAAUGCAGAAGAGGAAGGAAGAGGAGCAGGAACGUGCCAGGAAGAUUGCUGAGCAGAGACAGGCAGAACAGGAGAGAGAGAAGCAGUUGGCUGCAGAGAGAGAGCUGGAGAGGAAGAAGGAACAGGAGAGGAUCCAGGCAGAAAAGCUCCGUGAGCAGGAGAAGGCUGCUCGCCUGAAGAAGGAGGUGCUGGCUGCUAAACUGAAACUCCAGAAGGAGCUGGAGAAGAAAGAACAGGAAGAGCAGAGGCUGGCAGAGAUGAAGAGGCAGGAGCAAGAACAGAAGAAGCUGGCAGAGAAGCAGCAGGCUGGCAAAGCAGCCCUAACACAGCAGCAGGAGAACAAAGAGAACUCGCCUGCCUGCGCGUCGUACCAGAUGACUCCACAGGGCCCCAAGUGUCCCAAGCCCCCCGUGGUAACCUCGAACAACUAUGGGAUGGAUGUGAACAGCGAUGACUCCACUGAUGACGAAAGCCAGCCUCGCAAGCCCAUCCCUGCCUGGGCCUCAAGUACCCAGCUGAACCAGGCCGUGCUGCGGCUGUACUACAACCCGCCCAGCGUGGACGCGGUGUUCGGGACCAUGCCCAACCUGCAGCUCCAGGACAUCUUCUACAAGAGCAAACCGCGGUACCUGCGGCGCACGAGCUCCGCCGUGUGGAACUCCCCCCCCUUCCCGCGGGCCAAGCCUGCGCUGGGGCUGCCGUACAGCAUCAAGAAGUACUGA